AUGACAUGGACAGCAAGGGGUAUGAGACGCGGCCCUGAUUGGUGGUUGAAGACAAAAAUCAUACGUCUUGAGUCUUUUAUAGCUGCAGCGAGCAUUAUUGAAUGGCUGAUGCUCUGCAGCACUCGUAAGACUGCAGUGCCACAGGAUGGUUCCAUACCACAAAGCCAUCUUGAAACGAGGCACAGUAAAUUCACGCCGCACACUCGAAACCAUCCACGUUCCAAUCUGCCUCGAGACGCACCUGUGACGACUCGGAUUUCGAGAGUAUACGACGCAGCCAUGCUGUUCGCAAAGAGAUAUGAUUGUGUAAUAGACGCAGAAGGCUUCAGACAGUGCUAUGGAGAGGACAGCUUCUGGUACAGUGACACAGGCAUAAUAAUCAAAUGGGUCAUCCUAAUAUUCUUCUUCCUCCUCUUCUUCGGCUGGUUCAUCGGUGGCUACAUACACGCCAAACAUCGGCUACGAAAGGGUCUCCCUUUACUUUCCUACCAUCGUUUCCUGGUAUCCUACUCCACCCGCCGUCGCUACGGCCAAGCCGGUCCCCCCCAAAAUCACUUCACUUUUUAUCAAACGCCCACGCCCGCCAAUCCAGCAUACGCCCAGCGUCAAGACCCCGCUUGGACUGAACCCCCGCCUCUCUACCAAAACACAGACUCCCCGCCCCAAUACUACCCGCCCCCGGGCGCCACCAAGAUGCAUCCGCAACAGGGCGGGGCAGCCGGUGUCGAGCUGCCACAGUAUGGGACUACUGCUGCUGCUCGUCCUGCCAUCAGUGGGUUUCCUGGACCGGGCAUGUUGCAGGGUGGUCAGACGAAUGGGUUUGUGGGUUCGGGGUCGGGCGCGGGACCACAUGGGGAUGUGGAGCAAGGGGGUUUGAGUGCGCAGCCGGUGUUGCCGGCGAGACCGGAGACUGCGAAGACGAAGUUGAUGGGUGUUGUGGGGAGGUUUAGACGGUAG